GAUUCUCUUUUAUUCGUACACAUUACUAGAUCAUGGAUUAUUAUUUUAUUCCUAUCUUUAUUAUUAAAAUGUUUAAUUUAUAGCACAUAGAAUAGAGUGCAUUGGAUGCUUAUUAGUCGGAUGCAUGGUUGUAUAAUGUACUUAUUAAUACAUGGUUAAUGCUCCUUAUUUUAAUAUUAUGGAUUGAUUUCUUGAUUCCCCAUUGUUUGAGUUUAUAAUAUAUUUCACAGCAAUAAUAUGACUUUGUUUUAUAAAAUUAAUUACAUAUUCCAUAAACUUGGCUUAUUCUUUUGUGUUUAAGGGGGCCAUCAAUGAAUCUGGUGCUUUUUAAGCAUAUAUACAUAUAGUUUUUAGCUUCUAAUUACAGGAGUUGAAGCUGAAUUAAUGUGUAUGAAAUUUAUUCAAGGAGAAAUAAUAUAUCCUGUUUUUGUGAUUUUUUUGCAAGCUAAGUAACAAUGAGAAAAUCUAAUUUGCAAUGGUCUUUCUCAACUUCCCAAUUUCUUUCCUUUAAGUCUGCUCAAGAUCAAGAUGGAGCUCAUAAGCAAUACCCACCUACCGCCUUUUCACAGAGAAAGUUGGGAUUGGAUAUUCAAGGGGGAAGUCAAUAUCCUAUUACAGGUCAUCAUCAUUGGCAGCCUAAAGAUGUACUUUCAUUAAAUCAGUCCUCUGAAGUCAGAAUCCAUCCUGUUACUGGUCAAUCAAAUCAAAUCGUUCCCGCCACAAUAGGUUCUGGUACCGUGACAAAUAUUUCUGUUACGCCUCCAAACGGUCCUGUCGUUGGCUCUACUGAUCUGAAGAGUUCUCCGAGUAUUGCUAUCGGUUCCUGUCAGUUGACCCUGUUCUAUAAUGGAUCAGUUUGUGUCUAUGAUAACGUUUCUCCUGAGAAGGCUCAAGCCAUAAUGUUAUUAGCAGGGAAUGGUGAAUCAAAAAAUCCAACUUCCUCGCCUGCUGCAAUCCCGUCUCUACCUAAAGUGCAGCUACCAGUGCCAAUGCAAAGACCGCCAACAAACGAUACUGCUAUUCCAAAUCAGUUAGCAGGACUCUUAAGCCCCAUUUCUUUGCCCCCUUCUAUCAGUUCUCUUCCUGUAGUAGCAACUAGUUGUGCAGUUGAAGCGAAUCCAAUUAAACCAGUUAUGUCAACUGCAAUUAAACCUGUUAUGGCCCCUCCUGCUCAUGUUAAGUGCCCUGAGCCUCCUAAAUCAGGUGCCUCUGUCGGAGCUGGUGUAAAAUCAGUUUUAUCAGCUGUGCCUCAGGCUCGGAAAGCAUCUCUUACAAGAUUCUUGGAGAAACGAAAAGAGAGGGUAACCGCUGCAUCUCCUUAUGUUGUCAACAAAACUGCUUUCGGAUGCAGCACUAAAGAGCCUAGUGGAUCAAAUUUAGCAACGAAAUAUGCCCCGUCUAGUCCCCUACCAGCUAGUGUUGUAGAGAUUCUCUGAUGAACUCUAGCAGUAUGUAGGAUUGUUUUGGAUAUAUAUUCAACCUGUUAUCAGGAUGAUCAUAUUCAAUGAAUUCAAAUAUGAUCUAUAUUUAUUCUUUUGA